AGGUGGUUCAUCGACUUCUACGAGACGUCUGCACCAGCAGAAGAUUACGUUGCUGCCCUGCUCUACUUCUCAAAACUGGACUACAACAUGGUGCAGUCAAUUUAUCAAGAUGAUCUCAAGUACUUGUCAAAAUGGUGGAAGGACACCGAAUGGGGCGAAAUAUUAGGCUUCGCUAGAGAAAGGCUGAUCAUGGAGUGUUUCUACUGGAGUGUGGGCUAUAACUCUGACCCUGAGUUUAGUUAUGGAAGGAAGGUACUCACUGCCAUUACAGCCUUCAUAACUACUAUCGACGACAUCUAUGACGUUUACGCUACAAUGGAGGAACUUGAAGUACUGACAGAAUCAACAAAAAGAUGGGAUGUGGCGGAUUUGGAAAAAAAAUGCCAGGAUUCAUAAAGGUCUGCUUUACAGUGUUCUAUAACAAUAUCAACAACAUAGCUGAU